AUGAAGUUCUCUGCAACCUCCCGAGCUGCCCCUCCGGCGCCCUUGGAUUUCACCCACAGCCAGUACAAGACCCCGGGCAGCCCAGACUCUUCGAGGCCGCACUCUGGAGAUUACACCCUCUCCUUCCCCGACAGCCGCCGCCCGAACAAGCGCAAGGAUAGCUCCAGCUCCAGCAAGUCAUCAGGCUCCCUUGGCUCGUUGAGGAAGCCAUCCUCGCCCGGUACCGCCAACGCCCACUCGUACUGCGGCCGCCACAGCUCCCAAUGGCUCUUUAGCGGCUGGAACGUCUUCCGCAAGGGUGGUUGA